GCCCUACUAGUCUGGGUCAUUCUCCACAUUUGCAGUGGCAUUUUAGUGAAAGUGAAAACGCCUCUCUGUCCAGGCCAAAUCUUCGGUCCCUAAAUCCCCUCUGUCCGUGACCGUAGCCGCUGCUCCUUCGCCGUCUCCAACGGUUAAACAACGAUGCAGUCGUCGAAAAUGCGCCGCAAAGUGGCCCCGGCGGCCGCCGACGGCGACUCCUCUGAGAAGUUUGAUCAACUUCUCCUCUCCUCCGCCAUCUGCAACAAUGAAGAUCUCGGUCCCUUCGUUCGCAAAGCCUUCACCUCUGGCAAGCCGGAGACGCUGCUUCACCACCUACGCCACUUCGCCCGAUCAAAAGAGUCGGAAAUCGAAGAGGUCUGCAAAGCGCACUACCAAGACUUCAUCAUGGCCGUGGACGACCUCCGAUCUCUCCUCUCCGAUGUUGAUUCCCUCAAAUCAUCACUCUCUAAUUCCAACAUCAAACUACAGUCCGUCGCCGGGCCUCUUCUCUCGUCGCUUGACGCCUUCGUGGAGGCUCGAAACAUUAGCCAGAACGUGAGCCUCGCGCUUGAGUCGGUUCGUAAGUGUGUGAAAUUGGCGGAUCUUUGCUCCAGAGCCAAUCUUCAUUUGUCGAAUAACAAUUUCUACAUGGCUUUGAAGUGUGUUGAUUCGAUUGAGGGUGAAUUCAUUGACAAAACUCCGUCGUCGACGCUGCGGAAAAUGCUAGAGAAGCAGAUCCCGGAGAUUCGAUCGUAUAUCGAGAGGAAGAUCAAUAAGGAGUUUGGGGAUUGGCUUGUGGAGAUUCGAAUAGUGAGUAGGAAUCUUGGGCAAUUGGCGAUUGGACAAGCGUCAUCUGCAAGGCAGCGAGAGGAGGAGCUUCGCAUCAAACAACGGCAAGCCGAGGAACAGACUCGACUUAGUUUAAGAGACUGUGUUUAUGCUUUGGAAGAAGAAGAUGACGAUGAUGGACUCGGUGAUCAAGGUAAGGAUGGCUAUAACAAUGGUAGUAGUGGUGUGCUAGGGUUUGAUUUGACUUCUCUAUAUAGGGCUUAUCAUAUACACCAAACCCUAGGGCUUGAAGAUCGGUUCAGACAGUACUAUUUUGAGAAUCGCAAACUUCAAUUGACUUCGGACUUUCAGGUGUCCUCAAUGACACCUUUUCUCGAAUCUCAUCAGACAUUUUUUGCGCAAAUUGCUGGAUUCUUUAUAGUAGAAGAUCGAGUUCUUAGGACUAGUGGAGGUUUAAUUUUGAAAAUGGAUGUAGAGAAUUUGUGGGAAACUGCUGUUAGCAAAAUGUGUUCUGUAUUAGAGGAUCAGUUUUCGAGAAUGCAAACUGCAAAUCAUCUUUUGUUGAUAAAGGACUAUGUGAGUUUGCUUGGAGUUACACUGCGGCGGUAUGGGUACCCAGUUGAUCCUUUGCUAGAUGUUUUAAGCAAGCACCGGGACAAAUACCAUGAGUUGUUGUUAUCUGAUUGUCGUAAGCAGAUCGGAGAAGUGCUUGCAGCUGACAAGUUUGAACAGAUGUUAAUGAAAAAAGAGUAUGAGUAUUCAAUGAAUGUACUUUCAUUUCAGUUACAAACGUCAGAUAUAACACCAGCAUUUCCUUUUGUUGCCCCAUUUUCAUCUACGGUGCCGGAUUGUUGCCGCAUCGUGCGGUCAUUUAUUGAGGAUUCUGUGAGCUUCAUGUCAUAUGGCGGCCAGCUAGAAUUCUAUGAUGUUGUGAAGAAGUAUUUGGAUAGGCUGUUGAAUGAGGUUCUGGAUGGGGCUCUGUUAAAGCUUACUAAUACAUCAAUUCAUGGUGUCUCCCAGGCAAUGCAGGUUGCAGCAAAUAUGGUUGUACUAGAGCGUGCUUGUGAUUUCUUCUUUCGUCAUGCUGCACAGCUUUCGGGCAUUCCUUUGAGAAUGGCAGAAAGGGGUAGGAGACAGUUUCCACUGAACAAUGCCCGUGAUGCAGCGGAAGAGAUGCUUUCUGGGUUGCUGAAGGCAAAGGUUGAUGGGUUCAUGACAUUGAUUGAAAAUGUGAACUGGAUGGCUGAUGAGCCUCCACAGAGUGGAAAUGAAUUUGUGAAUGAGGUGAUUAUAUAUUUGGAAACUUUAGUUUCAACCGCUCAGCAGAUACUCCCAGCUAAGGUUCUUAAAAGAGUUUUACAAGAUGUUCUUUCUCACAUAUCAGAAAAGAUUGUUGGGACUCUCCUUGGGGAUUCCGUUAAGAGGUUCAAUGUAAAUGCAGUUAUGGGGAUUGAUGUUGAUAUUCGGUUGUUAGAAUCAUUUGCAGACAAUCAAGCUUCACUUCUGUCAGAAGCAGAUGCUAAUCAGUUGAAAACUGCUCUUUCUGAGGGAAGGCAAUUGAUUAAUUUGCUACUGAGCAACCACCCAGAGAAUUUUCUGAAUCCUGUAAUCAGGGAGAGGAGUUAUAAUGCUUUGGACUACAGGAAAGUUAUCGCAAUUUCAGAGAAGUUAAGAGAUCCUUCAGACAGGCUAUUUGGAACCUUUGGAGGGAGGGGACUCAAGCAGAACCCCAAAAAGAAGUCUUUGGAUACAUUGAUAAAAAGACUCAGGGAUGUGAGCUGAUUCGAUAUCAAGCUAUAGGAUGAUGGUGGGAAGUACCAGAAUCGAGCUUGACGCCUAGCUUAAGUGGCAAGUCCUUGGGCUGGAGAUGAGGGAGUUUUCAGGUUCAUUUCCAUCUAACUGGAAGGCAAAAAAUUAAUAAUAAAUUAGACGAAAAAGGAUGGGGAAAGAACAUUUACUUCUCAAGGAAAUGACAGAAAUUUUCAGGGUUGAAGCCCUAGGUGGCAGUGAUGGAAGAGAAGUGUUGUGCCCCAUAUUGUCAUUUUCCUCUUUUGAUCAUGAUCGGACACUGGCCUUCUUGGCAGAUUUAUGGUUUUAUGCACAUUUGCUACAUUCUUCAUUAUAAUUUGUUUUACACUGCCAUUUUCUUUAAUAAGUGAGGCUGCUGGUUGAGCUACACAACGAUUUUUUUAGCCUACUGAGAUUCAUUCUUGGUGUUGUUCAGCAUGUGAAGAAAGUAUGAAGAUUGAUUGAUGAGAAAGAUUAUGUAUUCUAUUAUUUCAUGAUUUUAUGAAUUUUCCUAAGAUGCUUUUCUCUUUUUAA